AUCGAGAGGCUUCUUCGUAACUGGUACCAGCUAUAUGAAAGCAAUUGCCACUGCUUUCCUAGAACUUGAGUAAAUACAAUCAAGUGGCAUUUUAAAUUUUUGCUGGAAGUGGUGUCAUGAGACUGAAGAUAUCUCUUUUAAGAGAACCAAAGCAUCAAGAAUUAGUAAGCUGUGUAGGCUGGACUACUGCUGAAGGGCUAUAUUCAUAUAGUGAUGAUCACCAGAUAGUGAAGAGAAACUUGUUCGCUAGUGGAACAACUCAAAUAGUAAAGCUUCCUGAUGAUAUUUACCCUAUAGAUCUUCACCGGUUUCCAAAGAGUUUGGAUAAGAGACAAACUCAAGCAGAAAGCUUUCUCCUCAUAAGUUCUGAUGAUAAAUUUAAUUUGAUUUCCAAGUUAGAAAGAGUGGAAAAAAGUGUAGCAGCUCACUCUGGAAUACUUGCAGGAAGAUAGAAUGAUGAAGCAACAGCAUUAGUUACAAUUGGAGAAGGUGGACUAAAAAUUUGGUCAAAGACUUGGAUGCUUAGAUCAACUUUAGCUCAGCAAGGAAUACCACUGUAUUCAGUAGUGUGGGGUCCUGAUUCAGAAAAGGUUCUUUAUACAGCAGGCAAGCAGCUAAUCAUUAAACCUCUUCAAUCAAAUGCUAAAGUUUUACAGAAAGCUUAUGAUGGCAUCAUUUUAAAAAUAGAUUGGAACUCAGUCAAUAAUCUUAUUUUAUCUGCUGGUGAAGACUGUAAAUAUAAGGUAUGGGAUAGUUACAGUCACCCACUGUACAAUUCACAACCUCAUGAGCAUCCAAUUACUUUAGUUACCUGGGCUCCAGAUGGAGAAUUAUUUGCUAUUGGAUUAUUUCAUACUUUACUCUUAUGUAAUAAAACUGGGUGAUCAUAUGCUUUAGAAAACACUGGCAGCAUAUUUAAUAUUGCAUGGUCAACUGAUGUCACUCAGACUGCUGGAGUGUGUGGAAUUGGGCAUGGUUUUGCACCUGCGGUGGAACAAUAUUGAGAGUGGAAAAACUUUCAAGUAACAUUAACUAAAAGAAGGACCAUACACGUUCAUAAUGUUCUUAAUGAUGCAGUGAACUUACUGGAAUUCCACACGGCCAUUAAAGCAUCUUUGAACUCUGCACACUUAGUUGUUUCAAUGUCUCUUCAAUGUUAUGUGGUCUCCACAAAGAACUGGAAUACACCAAUUACAUCUGAUCUCAAAGAAGGAACUGUUAGUUUAAUCCUGCAGGAAGAAAGACAUUUUCUUCUCAUAGAUGUUAGCAGUAUCGAUUUAUAUUCGCAUGAAAGGCACUUUAUUUCAUCUCCAAAAUUUCCUAGAGUGAGAACAGAUAUUCCGAAUGCAUGGACUGUGCCUCUGAGUAAUGAUACCAUAGCAAUAGACAAAGUUGAUGAAAAAAUUGGGGCAUCAACUGGAAAACCAUUAGAUGAUGGAAAGUUUCUUCCUUGUAAGAAUGAAAUCUUGAAAAUUGCUCUGGAUCAAAAAGGACUUACCAGUGAUAGAAAAGUCACUUUCAUUGAUAAAAAUAGAGAUACGUUUACCACUUCUGUGAAACAAUUUGAGAAGGAAGAAAAAAUUAUCAAACUUGGAACAAUGGUGCAUACUUUGGCAUGGAGUGAUACAUGCACUAUCCUUUGCAGACUUCAAGAUACUCAAUUUACAGUGUGGUAUUACUCCAAUAUGGUUUAUGCGGACAGUGACAUUUUCCCUAAAACAUUACGUGAAAGGGAUACAAGUGAAUUCAGUAAAAAUCCCCAUAUUGUGAGUUUUGUUGGAAAUCAGGUAACUACAACAAGAGUUAAUGGCCCUCUGGUUCACAUCAGUGUAUCACCAUAUCCUGUUAUUCUCCCUGAAUAUGUAGGCAGUUCGAAAUGGGAAAAUGAUUUAAGACUUUGCCGCUUUGUUGAGGAGCAAACCAUGUGAGCUUGUCUAGCUGCUAUGGCAGUUGCUAAUCAAAAUAUUACUAUUACAGAAAUAGGCUAUGCAGCAAUUGGUGAAAUCGAUAAGGUCUGGUACUUCAAUUCUAUAAGUCUUUCAUUUAAAGAGUCAAAAAUGGCCCACAUACUAAGGUUUAGUGGAAACAUACAGGAGGCUGAAAUAGCACUUACUCAGGCUGGCCUCAUUUAUCAAGCAAUCCAGAUCAAUAUUAAUCUCUACAACUGAGAAAGGGCAGUAGAAUUGGCUGUAAAAUACAAAACACAUGUUGAUACAGUUCUUGCUUACUGUCAAAAGUUUUUGGAGACAUUUGGUAAAGAGGAAACUAAACAAUACUUGCAGUAUGCAGAAGGUCUCCAAAAAGAUUGAGAGAAAAUCAAAGCCAAAAUUGAGAUUGAAAUUACAAAAGAAGGAGAACAAUCAUCAAGCAGCCAAUCCAGUAAGAGUAUGGGUCUAAAGCCCUACAUGCCACGCAUAUCUUUAAGAAGUUUUGUCUUUUGAAAUGAAUUCUGAUUAACUAAGGAUAUGCAUGUUUUGGCUGAUAAAAAAAAAGGAUAAUCUUUAAAUAAGUAUACACACUUGCUGUGUAUUUAAUGUAAAAGUACAUUCAGAAAGAUGA